CAAACCAUUACAAAUAUUUUUUACGUUCGCACAAAUCCGCAAUUUUUAUUUUUUUUAAAAAUAAAUAAAUUUUUUUUCACUCAUUUGAAGAUAUAUGCAUAUGUACAUUUACCCGCAUUUUAACUUACAUUCCUGCUAGUCAUUUUUUGCAUUCCGGCCAGGUUACAAAAUAAUAUACCCCAAUCUGCUUUUGCGAACGCGCAACGUGCUGACCGAUCCAUCAAACCGUACCCCGCGCAAAAUGGAUAAAACGAAAAGCAAGAAACAAAUUGGCAACGCCAAAGGGAAAAAACCCGCCAAGAAGGUCAUCAAAAAAGUUGUAAAGAAAGUUUUGGGGAAGAAAAAAAAAACGGUGAAAAAACUCAAGGCAGUUCGAUUAUAUGAGAAGGGAGUUAUCUUGGGAUACAAGAGAUCCCAAAGAAACCAAGACCCCAACUUUACCCUCAUUUCGAUAAGGAAUGUGCAUACGAAAAAGCAUGCCCAAUUCUAUGUGGGCAAAAAGAUUGCCUACGUGUACAGAACAAAUAAGCACCACGACGGAGUGAAGAUUAAGUGCAUAUGGGGAAAGGUUUGCAGAACGCACGGAAACAGCGGAGUGAUUCGCGCCAGAUUCAGAACCAACAUCCCACCCAAGGCCUUUGGAGACAGAGUCAGGAUACUCAUGUACCCCUCGAACAUUUGAUUCGAAGGGGCCCCAUGCGUAUGACGUGGUGCUACCAUGUGCUGUGUAGCGUUGCAUAAGGCAACAUCGUAUAAUGUAGUGUAAUUUUUUUUUUUUUUUUUUUUUUGGCCAUGUGAAUGGUAUGAACAAAGAACUAGCAUCGUUUUUUUUUUCAAUCGGCCUACCUUUUUAACAUCACCGUCA